AAACACAGAAGUAAUAACGAAACACUUUCAUUCCUUCACAUGGUGCAGAAUAAGGAAACCGCCGGAACUAUGUAAAAUGGAAAGAAAGAGAAGCUUUUGAGAACCGAUUGGGAAUUUUUUCCGAGUCUCUCCUUCUCCAGUUGUCCUUGCGUUUCCAUGGCGUCCGGUGGAGCAGGGAAUGCAGGUGUGGAGUGGCAUCUGAGACCCCAAAACCCUAAAAAUCCUAUCGUAUUUUUUGACAUUACCAUUGGUAACAUCCCAGCUGGAAGAAUCAAGAUGGAGCUCUUCGCUGAUAUUGCUCCCAAGACCGCCGAAAACUUCAGGCAGUUUUGCACUGGUGAAUACAGAAAAGCUCAAGUUCCAGUUGGUUACAAGGGGUGCCAGUUCCAUAGAGUGAUCAAGGAUUUUAUGAUUCAAGCUGGUGAUUUUAUUAAGGGUGAUGGUAGUGGAUGUCUCUCUAUUUAUGGGAGUAAAUUUGAGGAUGAAAAUUUCAUUGCAAAACACACUGGUCCUGGUCUGUUGUCAUUGGCAAAUAGUGGACCAAAUACUAAUGGAUGUCAGUUCUUCAUUACUUGUGCAAAAUGCGAUUGGCUUGACAACAAGCAUGUCGUCUUUGGGAGAGUGGUUGGAGAUGGUCUCUUGGUCGUCAGGAAGAUAGAGAAUGUGGCCACUGGACCCAACAACCGGCCUAAACUUGCCUGUGUUGUAGCAGAAUGUGGAGAAAUGUAGAGUCCUGAACUCCUGAUACCUUAACAAUGGUGUAAUACCUUUGUUUCUCUCUUUUCUUUUCCUUUUUCUUUUUCUUCUUUUUUUUUUUUUUUUAAUAUCAAAAGAAGUGAAAAAGACUUCUUUGUAAAAUAUUUAUCUACAUUGACUGUUUUUCUGAUAAAUAUAUCCUGUUGAAGGAAUGGUUUCACAAUCUUUCUUAAAACGAUGGUGGUUUGAUUUUC